UCUCCCUCCCUUGCGCUGCUUCUCUUGGACUCUCUCUCUCUCUUCUUCUUCUUCUUCUUCGCAUGGAAAGAGAUACUGUAUGCGUUUGUGUGUACAUAUAGAGAGAGAAAGAGACGUACCGAUAUAUAUUUAUAUAGAGUGAGAAACCCUUCACACCACCGUCCUCCUGUACCCCUAUCCGAUCAUACGCUAUUUACUGUCGUUGUCGUCAGUCAAUCAAUCACUCAUUUUCUCCACAAAUCAAAGCAUUUUCGCCUCAGAUCAAUCCCAAUCUCAGAAACGUAGUUGGAGGUGGUGGUGAUGGCACCGAGCACGAUCCGGAAGGCGAUCGGCGCCGUAAAGGACCAAACGAGCAUCAGCAUCGCCAAAGUGGCCGGCAACGUCGCGCCGGACCUCGAAGUUUUGAUCGUCAAGGCGACGAGCCACGACAACGAACCUGCCGACGAGAAGUACGUUCGGGAGAUCCUGAAAAUCACUUCGUAUUGGAAAGGCUACGCCAACGCGUGUGUUUUGACCAUCUCGAAGCGAUUAAGCAAAACUCGUGAUUGGAUUGUGGCAUUGAAGGCUUUGAUGCUUGUACACAGACUGUUGGUUGAUGGGAGUCCUGUUUUGGGGCAAGAGAUCAUGUAUGCGAGUCGAAAGGGGACGAGGGUUUUGAACAUGUCUGAUUUUCGCGACGAGGCUCACUCGAAUUCGUGGGAUCAUUCGGGGUUUGUGAGGACUUAUGCGUUGUACCUUGAUCAAAAGCUUGAAUUUUUGGUGUAUGAAAGGAAAUUGAGUGUUGAUGAUCGGAGGCGAUACGAGGAUGGUUAUGGAAAUGGCGAGUCUAGGGAAGAAUCCAGUUAUGGGAUGGAUAGGAGGUCGAGGUCUUAUGGUGAUUUGAAUGAGAGGGUGGUGGAGGAAGAGCAGAGGAAAGAGAGUACCCCAAUUAGGGAAUUGAAUUCGGAAAGGAUUUUGGAGAGGUUGAAUCAGUUGCUUCGGAAUUUUAACCGGUUGUUGGCUUGUUGGCCUACCGGGGCGGCAAAGAAUAGUAGGAUGGUGCUUGUUGCUCUAUACCCUGUUGUGAAGGAGAGUUUUAGGCUUUAUAAUGAUGUAUGUGAGGUUUUGGGGGUUUUGUUGGAACGUUUUUCGGAGAUGGAGUAUGCAGAUUGUGUUAAGGCUUUUGAUGCUUAUGUUAGUGCAGGAAAGAUGAUCGAUGAGCUUGUGGGGUUUUAUGGGUGGUGUAAUGAUAUUGGGGUUGCUAGGUCUUCGGAGUAUCCUGAAGUGCAGAAGAUCUCUGAUAAGCUUUUGGAUACACUUGAGGGGUUUUUGAGGGAAAAGGUCAAUAAGCCAAGGAGCCCUGAGAGAAGUAGGCAAGAGGGUUCAUCGGUUGUUAAAGAGGUGGCAACCCCGGAUAUGAAUGAAAUGAAAGCACUCCCUCCACCGGAGAAUUACACUCCUGCACCACCUCCUAUGCCCGAACACAAACCACAGCCACCACAGGUGACUGAAGACUUGGUGAAUUUGAAGGAUGAUGCGGUUUCAGCUGAAGAUCAGAGUAACAAAUUGGCGUUGGCUUUGUUUUCUGGACCAGCCUCUACAAAUGCAAAUGGAUCAUGGGAAGCAUUUCCAUCAAAUGGACAACCUGAAGUGACUUCGGCUUGGCAAACAAUGGCAGCUGAAAGUGGUAAAGCUGAUUGGGAAUUGGCCUUGGUGGAGUCAGCUAGUAAUCUAUCAAAACAAAAGGCUGAUUUAGCAGGUGGUUUUGAUCCAUUGCUAUUGAAUGGCAUGUAUGAUCAGGGGACAGUGAGGCAGCAUGUGAGCAAUUCUCAGCUGAGUGAUGGGAGCUCGAGUAGUGUGGCGAUGCCAGGGAUGGGCAAGAGUGCAACACCGGUGCUUGCAUUGCCUGCCCCGGAUGGAGCAGUCCAAGCUGUGGGGCAACAAGACCCUUUUGCAGCAUCCCUUACAGUGCCGCCUCCUUCAUACGUGCAGGUCGCGGAUAUGGAGAAGAAACAGCAUUUGCUUACACAAGAACAGCAGCUUUGGCAGCAGUAUGGAAGCAAUGGAAUGCAAGGCCAAGUCGGUUUUGCCAAGAUUGCCGGUGAUGCCAAUUACUAUGGCUCUGGUGUGCACCCAAUGAUGCCUUAUGGUAUGCCACCAGUCACCGGCAUGGGACAGCCCGGAGGAUACUACUCCACACCCUACUGAUUACUGAAUUGCUUUCUCUGGUUGAGUGAUCUUCUUGCUACAAUGCGCAUAACUAUCAUAAUUUUCUGAUUGCCUCCCCUUUGUUUUAUAUCAUUUGCUUCAUUUGUGUAUUUACUAUAUUAUGCAUAAGAGGGAGUGAGAGAAGAUUAUAGAGGCCAUACUAUAGUAUUUGUUAUAAUUUGUUCUUGUUUGAUGAAUUCUUCAUAUAAUUCUGAUUUCAUGUUUUCCUUUC